AUGGCUCCAGGACUUCAGGGAAACCUGGCCCUCCCUGAUGAGCCAGACAGUCCCAACCGUGACAGCAGCAAAGCGUCGUCAACGGAGGACAUGCUUCACGGUCAACUCCACGUCUUUCAGAACGAUUUGGGAUCCUUGACAGGGUUGGAAUGGACUUUCCGAUCCAAGCUGCAGGAAGCGCAGGAACUAGGUCGUCCACGAUCUAAAGCAUCGAGCCGGCUGACGGAGUUCUUGGAGCGCCAAAGUGAGCCCACGCCGCAGUAUUUGAUCCGACGAGCCACAUCCAAAGUUCAUCGUGAGCUGGUCGAGGAUACAAGGAAUGCAGAUGAUGCUGGAUUGCUCGGCAACCAGGGUCCAGAGGGAUUUCGCCGUCUGCUGUCCCGAAAGUUCGGCUCUGUAGCAGCGGCUUGGCGUGUUUCUUUGGAUCCAGAUGGCAAUGGUCAAAUUUCCUUCGGCGAGUUCAAUCAUCGAUGUCGGCAGAUGGGCUUCACUGGGAACCUGCGAAAGCUCUGGGGCGAACUCGAUACAGAGAAGACCGGCUUCAUCUCUUUGAAAGAGAUUGACCCGAAGGCCUAUCAAGAGCUUGAAGACUUCAGGGCCCUUUGCCUGGACAAACACGGCAACAUGCUCAACGCAUGGCACAACGGUUUCAACAUCGAAAACAAGCCUGGAGUGCCCGAGACGGUUUUCAUCUCGCGCUGCCAGGAAUUGGGCUUCGAAGGUGACGGUCACCGCCUCUUCAAGCUUCUCCGAACUGACUGGAGCCGUCGCGAGUUGAAACUUGAAGAUUUUGACCCGCAAACGGGCGAAGCAGUUUACAGGGCUGAUCCUUGUGCGGAAGCCAUCAGUUAUGGAGGUGGGAGAAAGGCCACAGCCGCUCCAAAACCCAAGGCUCCAUUGUCUCCUUUGAUUCUGUCUCGAUGCCACACCAGUCACAAUCUGAAACGCCAACGUUCGAAGUUGAAGACAGCUCCGAGUACGCCAAUGUCUUCAUCACUGUCCGCCACACUUCUGAGCCCCACCGCCCAUCGACCCGCUGCCAAUAGCUUCGGAGGAUUGGAUGACUGGGAUCUCAUGGAUGGGGGACUGCAAGUCGACAACCUGGAUGCCCCACGGUCUCCUUCGCGUGGAGCUUCCCGUUUAGGCAGCAAGGCGAACACCUUGAUGAAGUUGUCGUCCAGGGACUUGGAUGAAGAUGUAUCCCCCACCUCACGACCAUGCAGCAAAGCCCGGUCAUUGAGGGUAGAGAGCGGUGAAGAGAGGUGGGAUGUGGCCACACCCACGCGGAACUCGGACUACAUUCGCAGCUGCUCAAAGGUGCAGGUUAUGGACCGGUCUAUUCGAGAAGAAGAUAAAAUCAAUGCUGACGUCGGCAUGAUGAACAAAGACGAGCUCUUGCUGCAGCUGGGCUUGAAGUAUGGAUCUUUACGAAAGGCCUGGAAUGAGGCAGACCUGCGAUCGGUCUUUGACCCCUUUGACAGCGGCAAGAUUGGUUUCCAGGAGUUCUGCGACCGCAUGCGAAAUGUGGGCUUCCUUGGAGACAUGAAGGAGUGUUGGUGCGCCCUGGGCGCCGAGCGCGAUGGCGUCCUGCGGCUCCGUCAUCUGGACCCACGCUCCGAUGAACUGCCAGGGGAGCUCAGGAUGCAAGGCUUUCGCAACACGCUCUCUGAGAAGUACGGCAACAUGUUGAAUGCUUGGCAAACGGCCUUCGAUCCACAGAAUCGCAGUUUGAUCGACGAGGCGGCCUUUGUGAAGCAGUGCACUGAAGAUGGCAUCGAGGGCGAUCUGGUUCAGCUGUUUCACGAUCUACUUGAUGACCCUUUGAAGAUCAAGUACAAAAAGAUGUCUUUGAGGGAUUUUGACUUGGCUGCGUAUCAAGCCUUGGCCCGCAUGGACACCGACAUGAUCGUAGAGGCACAGAAGACGGAGAAGGCAAAUCCUAUGGAAAUGUCCUUCGACGAGCGUCAGGACAACAUGUUCUCGGUGAAGUGGACUAGGGCGCAAAGCAAGGUCAUGCGCAAAGAAAUGGCUGAGCGAGUGCAACAGGAGAAUGAAGCUGAUGUCGGUUGCGAGACUCUGCAAACUCUCAAGUCGAUGCUGAUCAAAAAGUACAAGAACUUGGCGAUUGCUUGGAAGGUGGCGUUGGAUCCCAUGGGCCAAGGGCAUCUCUCCAAGGAGGACUGGUACAAUGCUGUGAGGAACCGUGUUGGCUUCCAUGGAGAUCUACGGCAGCUGUGGAGCGAAGCUGCCAAACCUGGUGCUGGUCACAUUUCCCUCUACGACUUGGAUCCUCAAGCAGUUCAGGUGCUCUGGGACUUCCGGGCCUUCCUAUUGGAAGCCUAUGGGGACAUCAUGACCGCAUGGCAUCAGGGCUUAGACCCCAGGAAGCGAGGGAAAAUCGAGGAAGAUGACUUUGCCAAGCGCUUGAAAGACAUGGGCUAUGAGGAUGACAUCAAGAAGCUGUGGCAGCUGCUUCUGGCAGAGCCGCACCGGAAGUACAUCGUGCUGCGAGAUAUCGAUGCAAAAGCAGCAGAUGCCACGCAACUGCAAGGGAUGGGGUCUAGUGACACCUUUGGACGUCUAGGUGGACCUCAAGCCUCUCCGGGCAAGUGGACAGGAAAACUGCUCAGCCCAAAGGGAGAGGAUGACGAGGAGUGUCCAGGAACACCCAGCGGAAGUCCCAAGACCUUGGCACUGCCAGGGACGCCUUCCAAGGGGCGCCCUGGCUCAUCGUCCUCUGUUGCCUCGAGGGCACCAUCCAAUCAGUCCGUGGCACGAUCCACUGCUGGAGAUGACGAGGCGGUCUAUCGGCCCACGCGCAUUGCCAUUUGGUCCGAAGAACUGGGUGCGCGCAAGCGUCAGGGCGCGGAGAUGCGCCUGAAACAAGAAAUGGAUCUGCAAGUCGGACCAAAAUGCUUGGAUGAUUAUCGCAGACAGCUGGUGAACGGAAGCGGAAGUCUUGCCGGAGCCUGGAGAUAUCGCAUGGACGAAGAAUGCACAGGUCGCAUGUCCUUUAUGCAGUUUGUCAUGGCCAUUGAUCGUACUGGUGGGUCUGGAUCCCAAGCUCGGUAUUCCGGCAGUGUGAAGCAGCUCUGGGCGGAGUUCUCCAAUGAAAAGGACGAAGUGACGUAUCAGGACUUGGAUCCUGAUGGCUUUGAGCUGCUGCAGGCGUUUGGCGUUUGGAUCAUUGACAACUACGAGACAUUCAAAGGCUUCUGGAAAAGCAUUGAGAAGUACAAGGACGAGCAGCUUGAAGAGGGAGAAUUCGUCGACAGAUGCUUCGAGAAUGGCUUGGAAGGCAUCUCAAAGCGAGAGAUGAAAAGGAUCUUCAAGAUGCUCCUGCCGGAGCCCAGCACCGGUCGCACCAAGCUCAUUCAACCAGACCUCAAGGUUCUGUCGAUUGCGCUUCCUUUAGACGUCAAACUGGCGAUGAGGAAGACAAGCACUGAGAAGACGAUGGCACCAGAGAGAUCCAAUGGUACAGAGAAGACUGAAAAGGAGGAGGACCGCGCAGGGACUUUGCAGGAGUUCCGCAGAACUCUGAAGCGACUUUAUGGCAGCGUCCAUGCAGGGUGGGUGAAGUAUCUGGAUGUCACUGAGGUGGGACGCGUGCCGAAAGGUGAGUUCGUGAACCGUGCACGAUCCAUUGGCGUAACAGGCCAAGUUGCUGCGCUCUUUGCGGAGUUGGAUGUGGAUAAGAAAGGCUUCAUCACGCUGCAGGACUUGGAUCCGGAGGUGUCAAAGAUCACCAAGCAGUUCUUCAGUUGCGUCCAGGAGACCUAUGGCACUAUCGAAGAAGCCUGGCGAAAAGCGUUUGAUGUGACCAAGCGAAAGGUCGUUGGAAAGAAAGAAUUCGCCAAAGGCUGCGAAGCGAUCGGCUUUGAAGGAAACUCCGAGAAGCUCUUCAGCCUGCUGAAACCCGAGGCAGGUCGGACGUUUUUGGAGCUCAGUGAUCUGGGACGCCAUGCAGCGGCCACGGUGAAAGCCCCUGAGCUGCCAACCAUCACCCCAGAGGACUUCCGCAAGAUGCUGAAGCGGCAGUGCGGAGAAGUCGAAGCGGCGUGGCGGCAGUCACUGGACCCCACGGAGGUGGGAAGAGUUCGAAGAGGUGAGUUCAAUGAUCGAACCCGCGCCAUGGGUAUCACAGGUAACGUUGCGGCGCUCUUUACAGACUUAGACGUAGACCGAAAAGGUUUCAUCACACUUCAGGACGUGGAUCCGGAGGUCAAAUGGAUCACGAAGCAAUUCUUUAAAUGCAUUCAGGAGACACAUGGCACCAUCGAAGAAGCGUGGCCGAAGGCUUUUCAAGUCACAAAGAAAACGCAGGUGGGCAAGCUGGAGUUUGCAGAAGGUUGCGAAGCCAUUGGCUUUGAAGGGGAUGUGGAGAAAGUCUUUGAGCUCUUCAAGCUCGAAGCAGAUCGAACGCAGGGCGCCCGAAUGUCUUGA